AUGUUGCACAAAAAUAACGAUGAAUUGUCCAUAUUUGGCAGACCGCUCAAGCUGUCUCCCAGCCCAUCUUCGCGCGUCACCAUCUCCAGGGUGACAGGCUCAUCCUCGUCCCGCACCUCCAAACGAAGGAGGACAGACCUGGAGUCGGGCGACCACAAGCGUGGCGAGGAGCUGCUGCUGGCGUCUGAGGAGGAUGCGGCGAGCGGCGGCGUCUCCAUCUCGCCCACCGACAUGAACGGCAACAAGGUCACGCUGGCCAACGACACGGAGCAGGACCAGCCGUUGGGGAACUGGAGACUGAAGAGACAAGUGGACGACGCUGUCGAGAUCGUCUACAAGUUCUCACCAGAGUUUGUUCUCAAGGCCGGACAGACUGUCACGGUGGGGUUUGCACAUGCUGACGUGGCCCAACGUCUGCCCACUGAUCUCCUGUGGAAAAGCCAAGCUUCCGGGGGCACAGGAAGUGACAUUACCACCACCUUGGUGAACUCUGACGGCGAGGAAGUGGCCAGACGCAGUGUCAGCAAGAAGGUGGAGAAUGGAGAAGAAGAACAGGAGGACGACGACGACGCGGAGCCAAUUGCGCACAAGAAGGUGAGCGCCCUAGUAUUGCUAAUUGGGACUAGCCUGUCAGUUUACCUGGAAAGUUAAACUGGGCAAUUUAGAAAAUAACCCAGUUUGAAAACUUUCCACGAUAAUUGUGGAGGUGCAUCUCACGGAAAGGUGUCAGUGACGCCAAGCGAUGAUGACGGCGCGUUGUGCGCGAGGCACGCCAUCAACGUGCAGCUGACCCAAAAAGGGGGCUCUUUGAUGUGUUGGGGUUUUGCUGCCUUUGAAAUAAACAUUGCACUGGUGUGUCCCGGCAGGCCAAAAUAGCGUCCAGGGAGUGCGCCGUCAUGUGAAGCCUCGGCAGCAAGCGUCGGAGCUUCCUUGUGCUGUCCGUCGUAUCCAAGCAAAUUCCUGCUUGUUUGUUGGGCUGCUGCCGCGUUUUGAUUGUAGCCCUCCUAUGUUUGCCCUCGUGUUUGAUUAGUUGUUGUUGGCCGCCGGACUCUCCUCGUAGAUCUCUCUCGCUCUUUUUUUAUUUUUUUUAUUAUUUUUUGCCACCUUGAUGAAGGGCUUCCGUUGUGCCGUCAACAUACCAUCACAAGUGGUGGUUUUUAACCUUUUUUUCCCUCUUUUAUUUUGUUCAUGUAUCUCGCCAUUUGAUUUUAGUGUGCGCCCAACUGAGCGGCCGCACGCAGUUUGAUCAUCACCUUGCUUCUGUCAAUUUUUUUAGAGCUACUCGAGACUGACAUUAAUUGUUCCUUUGAGCAGCUCCAAUGUAUACAACACUACAAAGACAAAAAGAAAUCGUUGCAUCCGUAGGGGCGGAAAAUUCCUCAAAGUUUUUCAGUAAAUUUACAUGGAGGAUCAAAGAACAAUUUCAAAUUGGAAACUUUCCAGUUUAAGUGGGAAUUGCAGGUGAUUUAAUGGAAAGCUACACAGUCAAAAAUCUAAAGCGGGGCUGGGAUGCACGAAUUAAUUAAUCAUAGCUCAAAGUUUUUCAGUAAAUUUACAUGGAGGAUCAAAGAACAAUUUCAAAUUGGAAACUUUCCAGUUUAAGUGGGAAUUGCAGGUGAUUUAAUGGAAAGCUACACAGUCAAAAAUCUAAAGCAGGGCUGGGAUGCACGAAUUAAUUAAUCAUAGGUGAUUUACUUUAGUGAAUAUUCUGCACUUUUAGUUUGCAAACGAUGCCCUUUUUGAAUAAAUAAUAAUAAAUGUAUAUAAAAUAAAUGUUUAAAUCUGAUUAGAAUAAUUGGCAAAUGAAUCCUUUGUUAACAUUACCAUUAGUUGCCGUUCAACAUUUUAGUAUUUUUAAAAGCAGGACUGCGAAUAAAUGUUCCUCCUUGCCCACGUGAGCCCAUCAAAAGGACCUUAGCAAAUACAAAGUUUAGAGGUUAUCUUUUUAUUCCAACAAAUUCCCACUGGGAGUUUCUAAUGUUAAAUUCCUGUAAUUUUGUGAGCCAUUUUGUCAGUUUCUGACUUAAUUGCCGCUAUCUGUAGAAACUGAACGAGUUUCUCGGUUCUUUUGAUAUUGUAAGCCUUUAUUGGAAAGCGUAGAGUGUGACGAUGCAAUGUGCAAGACGGCUGGCUGGUCUUCUGAUGUCGGCCGUUCAAAUGAUUAUGAAGACGAUGACAAAGAAUACUCCAAAUAUUUAAACUGAUCUUUUUUUAUUUUUCAGGCAAAAAAAAAGGUUCAGUUCAUGAGAUGCGUGUGUCUUUGAACGCACCUUGAGUGACCUGUGUUUUUGUGUGUGUUUUCAUGCCAUGUUACACUAGAUAUUGUUUAGUAUUUUUGGCAGUGUAAUCAGUUUGUUUACAUUCAGUAUGACUUUAAUUUUGUCUUAAGGAUCUCCAGGUGAUUAAGUUUGGGUGUUAAUGACCUGAACCUUGAUUCUUCUACAUUGAGGAUUUGCAGACAGUGUGGAAUCAUUAUUUCAACAAAAGUAGGCAGGUGCAUACAUUUGGGCACCCCAAGAGAAAAAUGACAUCAAUAUUUAGUAGAUCCUCCUUUUGCAGAAAUAACAGCCUAUAAACCAGGGGUCCUGAACCUCGAAUCGGUCAAACUAGGGGUUCGGUGAGUCGGUCUCAGGGGUUCAGCAGAGCCUCUACUGGGGAGGUCCGAACACACCUGAUUUAUCAAUUUGUGAUAACGCAUAUCUGAACUGGUCUCGUAAAGGCAACAGCAGAAGUCACACUGAUUUGCUGGUAUGUCAUUUGACGUGAAUUCAUGCAUUAUGUUGGUUUUAUUCUUUGAACAAGGUGAUGUUCAUGCACGGCUCAUUUUGUGUGCCAGUAAAAAACAUCUAUGUCUUGAAUUUGAAAAAAAUAUAUACAUUUUUUUCACUAACGAGGGGUUCGGUGAUUGCGCAUAUGAAACUGGUGGGAUUCGGUACCUCCAACAAGGAACCACUGCUCUAAACACUUCCGAAAGCUUCCAAUGAGAGUGUGGAUUCUGGUUGAAGGAAUAUUGGACCAUUCUUCUUGACAAAUCGUUAACUCCAAUAAACUUAAUUUCACUUCUCAAA